AUGGAUUAUUUCUCGCUAGGGCAAAAUAGUGCCCCCAAGGCCAGAAGGUAUGCGGCUCCUCCUUCCCAUCCAUUUCCUCCUCCUCCUCCUCCUCCUCUCUCGCUGCCCAACGAUGCCACACAAGGGAAGAAGAAGAAGCCCGGCGCUAGAACAUGGAUGAGAUUCGACUCCCGUGGCGUAUGCGAGCUCCUGGAAUGCGAUCGCCAGACGAUCAUGAGCCGCGCGGACAUCCCAGCUCGUGAUCUUCGGAUCCUCGGCCCGGUUUUCUCGCAUUCUUCCAACAUUCUAGCUCGCGAGAAGGCCAUGGUGAUCAACCUGGAGUUCAUCAAGGCGGUGAUCACAGCCGAGGAGGUUUUCAUUCUGGAUCCCCGGAAUUCUCUGGUGGCUCCAUUCGUGGACCAACUCACGCAGCAGCUGGCUCUGGAUCAGGGAGCUGGAUCUUCUGGCGACACGGUAGCAGCAGGAGCAGCAGCAGGGACGAUGAUCGAUCCGCGAGGGCCUCUCUGGAUGAGAGUGGAGGAAGAGUCUGGCGAUGCGCUGCCGUUCGAGUUCCAGGUUUUGGAGAGCGCCCUCGAGUUUGUGUGUAGCUACCUGGACGCAAAGGUGACGGAUCUUGAGCACAUUGCCUAUCCUGCUUUGGACGAGCUCACUAGAAAUGUCAGCACAGGUAACCUCGAGCACGUCCGCAGCCUCAAGAGCACUCUCACUCACAUCACUGCUCGAGUGCAAAAGGUUCGUGAUGAAGUCGAGCACUUGCUCGACGACGACGAAGACAUGGCCGACAUGUAUCUCUCGCGCAAGAUGGCUUUGCAGCAGCAGCUGGAAGCGUUGCCUCUGGACGAUGAGGCCAGCAGCUUGAUCAUGCCCCACCCGAGCACUCGGACUGCGACCAGCGUCGCGCUGGGGACUCUGGCGGAUGGCAACGACGUCGAAGAUCUGGAGAUGCUGCUCGAGACGUGCUUCUUGCAGAUCGAUGGAACUCGCAACAGACUCGUCACUCUCCGGGAGUAUAUCGAUGACACUGAAGACUAUAUCAACAUCCAGCUCGACAACCACAGGAACGAGAUGAUCCAACUCCAGCUCGUUUUGAUCAUUGGCGGCUUCGUGAUCAGCCUAGCAACGGCAGUGGCUGGAGUUUUCGGGAUGAACAUACCAUAUGGGAUCAAUGACGAGAGCGCCUUCUUCAUGACAACCGCAGGGACUCUCGCCGCGAGCACCAUCAUCUUCUUUCUCGUCUAUGGCUACGCCAGAUGGAAAGAGCUGCUCGCCUAAGAAGAAUGAAACCAAACUACAGCGCUACGUUUGGAUUUUCUUGCGCGAAAAAAGAGACCUCGUUCUUUCAGGACAAGAUCCAGCAAGACUAUCCACCUUAUUUUCUCAAUGAUGUAAGCUAAAGGAAGAAGGAUCUCACAUAGAAGCCAGUUGCUGGAUGUUGGUGGGAUAGAUGCUGGUAGUGGAUCCAUUCCAGAGGAAAUCAGCAAGGAUGUUGUAAACUUUAGCAGUGGGAUCGAUUUGAUCCCAAUAAGCAUAGUGCUUUGGAUCAGAGCAAGAGGGAAGAUUGUAAGCGCAAAAGGAUGGAGGAUAGUUUGUGUUGUUCCGAUAAUUCGGGGAGCAACGAGCAGCGUACUCCUGGGUUAGACAAGAUGAAAGUAUUUGUACUCUAGAAACGAGAACUUUACCGUAUGA